AUGCAACCGCAACAACUCGACCAUGAAGAAGUGCUAGAGCUUGUCGCCAAAGACGGGACUAUCGAUUUUGAGAAAUGGCCCGAUUUGCUUGACCCUUUAAUUGAGAGAUUGGAGCAUAUAGUUCAUAAUGACUUCCCAAUGCCCACAAUUCCCCCAACUUUGAGUAACACACAUGAUACCCCAAGUCUGAUACCCUCUUCUUACCCGAUACAAGAAGUGAACCCACAAUCGAAUAACAACAAGGAGAAUGCUCCGCCUUCACAACUGCAAACCUCGCCCGGUCGACCACCGGUCCCUGCCUUCCGGUCAUCUGUCCCUAUCGAGCAGAUUCCGGAUUCUCAGCUGCAAUCAACAGACGAUGCCCUCCCUCCACCCCUGGUCAGAAUACUCUCAUCCAUCAAAUAUACCUUAAGAACCUAUUUCUCGCUAAAACCACCACAUACCAUCCAGCGGCUGGCAGAAUUGAUCCUACAACCGACCCGUCACUAUAGCACAUUACCCUCAUACCUCCGCGCAGUGGAUAGAGUAGUGUCCGUAUCCAGCGGAGCAGACAUAUUCCCAUUGCCCGCCUCCUUGCCCAUACCCGGUGGCCUGAUUGAUACCAACCUCGUGAAUGGCGUUAACGGCUCGGGGAGCAGUAGUUUCGUGUUGGAAAAUGAUGCGCUGGGGAGCGAUGAGUCUUUGGGAGGUGCCCUUCUCACUCCAAUACCAUGGCUGAGAGAUUCUGCCCUCCCCGGAGGUAAUAACGAUGGCAUUUUGGAUUUUGAUUCCAGUCCUAAUUCGAGUCCAGAUGUGAGCCCAUCCAGCAGCAGCAGCCCGUCCACUGUUCCUCCGCAAGGAUCCGGCGCCGUAACAGGCGAACUCACUCGACAGGAGCAAGAAGCUGGCGUUGUUCACAUAACAAUUCAGGAACACCAGGUCGGUUCGUCACUGGUGGCUGGGAGAGAUGGAGUGGAAGCACAAGGUGAUGAUGACGUCGAAGAGAUACCCCAUGCGCGAGGACCCGCUAUCUUGGGCGUUGAAGAUAUGGGAUUGCAGAAUAGAACAGAGGUUCAGUUUUCGCUGUCACCUAGUGCCACUGGCAUCAAUGAUGUUCCUGCAGACGGUUCGGCAACCGAUUUGAAUACCACACUACAGGCAUCAGCAGAGAGUGAUAAAUUGAGCAGCGCUGAUUUAAAGGAGGAUGCAGAUAUGGAUGCGGAUGGAGACUUUGUCAUUGGCGAUAUACAUGAUAAACCCGAAGGAGAGUCCAGCGGGAACCUCACAGAAGCUGCUUCGACUGCUAUGUCCAUUGACGAUAUGAAUCUGGAGACUGAAGUAUCGAUAAAGCCAGAGAUGGGAAUGGAUGGAGUAGAAAAUGGGGGCAGUAUAAAAGAUUCUGAAGGUGGUGGCAGGAUGGAGAGGUGA